CAGCCAGGCACUUAGAUAUAUUACGUUUAAAGAUACAUAGAUUAUAUAGAACAAUGAGAUAUUUACUGAACAAUUAAAUUAUAAAAUGACAUUAGUCAUUUGUAUGAAAAGAACGCAGAGGACUUGUUGAGGCACACGGACAUUAAAAGAGAUGUGUUAAAAGUGUAUGAACUAUUAGCAUGGAUAUAAAAUGACGUCCAAUGGACACAAAAGUAUCGCGAAGAUUUGAAACAAAGUAUUAAUAUUCAAAGAAACAAACUUCGACGGGGAAAGUGAUAUGUUAUGUUAUUAUUCUAAGCUGCAUAGAUGUAAAAUUAAUUGUGAUUCGCUCUGAAUAUUGUAACAAAUUAACACGCGAACGAUCUUCAUAAAGGUUUAUCAUAUAAAGAAACUUGGGUGGAAGACAUGGCGAACUCAGAAGACGCCGUAAGAAGACUGGAAGACGCUGUUGACAUUAUGACAGACAUGGCGCACAUUCGAAGAAACUCGAGAACAAAGGAUGAUGAUGGACACAUGAUCAUAAGCCCUACCCUUGUGAAAGAAGCCAUUGAGGGUUUCAACUUGUUCGACCGGGACGGUAACGCGGGGCUGGAUAUCAGCGAGCUGGCGACGGUGUUCCGGGCCCUGGGGCAGAAUCCCACAGACGCAGAGCUCAGGGACAUUCUCAAGAAGUUUGACAUCAACCACAACGGCCGGCUGGAGCGUGACGAGUUUGAACAGAUGGUGCAGUCCUACAUGAAACCGAUGUGGCAGGUCAAGGAGGAGCUCAAGGACGCCUUCCGUAUCUUUGACAAGGACGGAAACGGUCUCAUUGACACUUCAGAGCUAGAAAAUGUUUUGAAGAAGUAUGGGGAGCCUUUAACUCACAGACAGUCGAAAGAACUCAUAUCGUUAAUGGAUAAGAACAGGGACGGACGAGUGGAUAUGGAUGAUUUUGUUAAGUUUCUGUGUGAAGUGGAUGAGCCUCAUUAUUUCCAAAAACAUUAUCCCCAUGAUGAAAAACCAAUACCAGAUGCGUCCGGAAGAACAACGGGAACAGCGUAGUUAUUGAAAUCAAAUUUACAGUUUCUAGUUACAACUGACUGGCUAUUUUAGCGCAAGUUUAUACGCACAAUCCAGUUUACGGUUGUCUUUGGUGAUAUGCUUCAUUUUUUUUUUUAUUUUGUGUUCAAUUCAUGCAUUUAUAAUAACAUGAAAUAUGAAAAUUCGAUAAACGUAUCAUACAUUUAACAUGCUGAAAAUGGUAUCAUAUUCAUUGGUGAAAUAUUAAAUAAUAUAUGUAUAUAUUA